GAAAGAAAAAGUAUCGCCGAAGAAAAACUUCGAAUUUCUCUCUCUAGCUUCCUUGCACUAAAUGCAACCCCCAAAGCCCAAAACCUAAUUUUUGAAUCUACGAUCAGAAAUCUCUCCCUCUCUCGUGUUUGUACGUAUAAAUUAACGCACAAUUGUAGAUAAGGAGGGUUGAAUCGAUCUGAGUAGAGGGUAUUGGGGACGAGAGAUUAAGCAACAAAGAGUAGACAGAGAUUGAACAAUGUCUGCAAUAGUUUGCGGCAAGAGAUCUUUCUUCGAAGACCUUCCGUCAUCGCCUACGUCUGCAUCGCCACCUGUUUCUAAGAAGCUUCGUUGUUCUUCUUCUUCGACCUCUCCGGUUCGGUUCUCACCUUUCUCUCAUUCGCCGCCGACUCUUGUCGAUCAACUCAGGGCUGUCUUUCCUGAAAUGGACGAGCAGCUUCUUGAGAGAGCGCUAGAGGAGUGUGGCAAUGAUCUAGACUCUACUAUCAGGAGCCUGCAUGAGCUUUGCCUUGGACAAACUGUGGGUUCUUUGCAAACAAAUAAAGUUAUGGACAAAGGUACAGCUGCCACUGAUGAAGACAAGGCUUCUUCAAGGGAUCCUUCGGCCCAGAACAACUGUCCUCUUGAUGGUGUGGAAUGGGUGGAAUUGUUUGUCAGGGAAAUGAUGACUGCUACUAGCCUAGAUGAUGCUAGAUUCCGCGCGACAAGAUUGCUGGAGAGUUUAGAGAAAUCCAUCAGUGUACAUGGUGGUUCUGAGGCAGCACAAAGUUUUCAUAAGGAAAAUAUGGUGCUCAAGGAGCAAAUUGAAGUACUUCUCCGGGAGAAUAGCAUUCUCAAACGUGCCGUGGCUAUUCAGCAUGAACGUCAGAAGGAGUAUGAUGAUAGGAACCAAGAGGUGCAGAAUUUGAAGCAGUUGGUGUCUCAAUACCAGGAGCAGUUGAGAGCUCUUGAGGUGAACAACUAUGCUUUGAUGAUGCAUUUGCGGGAAGCUCAACAGAACAACUCCAUUCCUGGACGAUUCCAUCCAGAUGUCUUCUAAUAAAGAUAAGGAACUUGGGAAAUUACUUAGCAAAGCAAGCUACAUUAUUAGCUCACACAGGGUGUUAAGCUAAAGGUUGUAUACAAUAUGUUUGUUGCAAGAGCUAGAUUUGCAAGACAAUGUAUGUAUGUUGGGUUGGGGCUGUUUUUGUCUAUGGCCUUUCCCGGUUCAGAACUGCAGAUGUGUCACUACUAAGUUGAUAAAGCCUCGAUCAAUAUCAGGAUUAAUGUGAAAAAUGGAAGUCUACAAUAUUUGUUUGGUUAGCUGUGAAGUUUUUGUUGUGUUUUCUUUUGUUUUCAUGGACAUCUGUGGGUUACUUCAGAUCAGGUCUCAAUUGUUCCAUUUUGAAGAAAAACGUUUGUGGGAGUUUUUGUUUUAGUGUGUCCAGGUAGAUUUUUGCGACGUCAUCUGUGGAGGAGGUAAUGCAAUGCGUGGCCUAUUAUGUUAGAUGGAGACAUGGACUCGGUAUGCUCGGUAAUGAACCUUUGUGGUGUGGUAUGGUGCUGCUUAGCCCAUCUCUGAACCCAGAUCAAACUAUCCCUUUGUGGUCAUGGCUUCUGUGAGAUAGAACUGAUUUUUAGUAGACAACAUUCAAGAAGAUGAUGUCCUAUUCAUACCACCACAUCUGAAACAAGAGCUUGAAGCAUAUGUUGAUCAUUUGCUGGUAAAAGAUUAGCAAAUCUGUUAAUGCCCAGUGAUGGAAGGGCUGUUGUUCUGAAGUCGGCGACAGGGCUGCAACCGCAAGCAAAACCUCUGAAGUUGGAGCUUGAUUGCAACCUGCUAGUAAUUCCUCUGCAAUAGCUUUACUGAGCUUCUAGGGACAAGCUUGGGGAGAGUUACUCAGCAGUACCGGAAGCAACCAUUUUAAUUGCAACAAUCUUAUUCCUAAUGCACCAAAAUGCACCAAACACUGUUUUAUCCAUACUCGUAGUCUUA